AUGCGACCGUUCACAAGGUCCAUCGGCCAUGCCCAACGGCAUUCCGGCUUCAUCACAUCUUCCCUUGUACGGCAGUAUUCUGUACCACGCUCGAUACAUGCCCGAACCAUAUCCACCAUCUUGUCCAAAUAUCCAACUGCACCUGAACGGGGACAGGCUGCGUAUCUAAACCAAUCCUUCCCUCUAGUCACUUUCCGAGGCUUCCAUGCUUCGACUUUUCUGAGAUUAUCCGAUGCCAGCGGUAAGAAGGAGGGAGAGGAAAAGUCUAAGGAUGGUGAAGAACCUAGUCAAGAACCCAAGGAAGGAGAGGGCGAACAAAAGGAAGAGAAGGAGAAGAAGGAAAAGAAGAAGGAAGAGGCACCUCCACCCCCACCUCACGGAGAUAAAUCGCCUUUUGCUGUCUUCGUUGAAACCCUGCAAACCGAAUUCAAGAAAUCUAAGGAGUGGAACGAGUCAACAAAGGCCAUCGCAGACCAAGCCCAGCAGUUCACCGAGUCGGACGCUGUGAGAGCAGCCAGAGAGGCAUAUGAGAAAUCAUCAAAGGUCGCGGGGGCUGCCACAUCAGCUACUGGUGAAACUCUAAAAAAGGUUGGUGGUGUUAUUGGGAAGGGUGCUCAGUGGACUUGGGAGACUCCGGUCAUGAAGGCGGGUAGAGAUGCUGUAAAGGCUACUGGCCAAGGUGUCGAAAAGAUGACCAGGCCGAUUAGAGAAACAGAGACAUACAAGACGGUCAAAGGCAACGUCCAGGAAGUAAUCGAUGAUGGCAGUAGCAGUAGAUAUGGUGGUUACGUCGAGCGAGAGGAGCGAAUGCGUCAGAGAGAACUCCGGGAAGCUAAGAAGGGACCAGGCAGGAAGCAUGAGCCCAUGGUAGAGGACCCCGAUGCUGGCACCAAUGUCACUCUCCACAAAGAUGCUGCGUGGAAAGAAUCAUGGCGGGAUUUCAGAGACAGCAACAAGUUCAUGCAAUCGAUCUUCACUCUCCGAAAGCAAUACGAUGAAUCUGAGAACCCCUUCAUAUCGACAACCAGGAACAUUGCAGACAGGGUAGCCGGGUUUUUCGCUGAGAACGAGACCGCUCAAGUCAUCAAGAAAUUCAAGGAAAUGGACCCAAGCUUCCAGCUCGAACCAUUCCUGCGGGAGCUUCGAGAAUGGAUCUUGCCAGAAGUUUUGGAUGCCUAUGUCAAGGGAGAUGCUGAAAUAUUGCAGCAAUGGCUGUCUGCUGCUCAGUACUCAGUUUACUCCGCGCUUUCCAAUCAAUACAAGACGGCGGGGCUUCGGUCUGAUGGGAGAGUCUUGGAUAUCCGUAACGUCGAUAUCAUGCACGCGAAGCUGUUGGACCCCGGCGAGAUCCCGGUCUUUAUUGUUACCUGCCGUGCCCAGGAGGUGCACGUCUACCGAGACAUCAAAUCCGGCAAUCUGGCGGCUGGUAUGGAGGACCGUGUACAGCAGGUCACCUAUGCCAUUGGCUUGACUAGGCUUGUCGAAGAUAUCUCUAACCCCGAGACUGGCGGCUGGCGGCUGAUUGAACUCCAGUGA